AUGUUAACAUUGUGGGACACAUGGCUCUCAAUUUCAGGACUGUCAGGGGUGGAGGAACACAGACCCCUCUCCUCCUCUUGGUUGAGACAAGGUCCCUGCCCUCCUGGUUGGACUCAGUUCGGCUCUCGCUGUUUCAGUUUCAACUACCAUGCAAAGAGUUGGGUCAAUGCAGAGACCUUCUGCAAGGCCGCCGGUGGGAAUCUGGCUUCAGUCCACUCAGAAGAGGAAUAUGAAUUCCUCAGAACCUUCAUUCACCAAGUGACCGGUGAAAACAAAGUUGCCUGGAUCGGAGGCUUUGACUCAGUGCAGGAGAAGGAGUGGAUGUGGUCUGAUGGAUCCCCAUUCGACUACACAAGCUGGAAUCCGAAUCAGCCUGACAACGAAGGUGGACGUGAGCACUGUCUUGAGAUGAACUAUCACGACAAAUGGAACGAUUACGUGUGUGAAAAGAAACGUCAUUUCCUGUGCUCCAUGAACCUGUGAGGCCUCCCGCCAUCAUGAUCUCACUACAGCUCAUCUAUAAUCUCUGUCACUGAUUCACUUUCAGUUUGUUGUGCAGACAGAAACAGCUCUCCGCUGACAGACUCACUUUCACUUGUUUACUAUCUGAAGAGUUAGGAAACAGUUCACAUUUGAGUUUUAAGGAAACUGACUCUCUGAGCUGGACAAAAGCAAAUCAGUUAUUGGACUUUUAAUCUAAUUUAGUAAAUAACACAAAAUUAAAUAAAGAAAACAUUAAAAUACUCUGACAUCUUUUCCAUUUUAGUUUGCUGAAUAUUGUCUGUCAGCUCUGUCCAAAGGUAACAACAUCCACCUACCAGACAUGAGUGAUGACGAUCUUCUCAUCAAAAUUGUCCAAAUAGAAAAUAAAAUCCAAAUGUUGUCCGAAAGUUCUUUGAUACAAGAGGAGUUUCUGGUGUGUUGGAUUCUUUAUUCGUCUGUUUUCCUUCACUAUAUAAUCAAUAAGCAUUACAAA